CUCAACAUUUGCAGGACUGCAGCAGGAGUGGCCGUGCAGCCAGCUUCCUUGAGGACGCGUGGGAACUCAACGGUCCUGCAGGAGAAGACCCCUGAAGUCCAGAACCUUCUGAGAAGAUCAUGGCUGAUCCCAGUGACAACUCUCUGAGGAUUGUUCUGGUAGGGAAGACAGGGAGUGGAAAAAGUGCCACAGCAAACACUAUUCUGGGUCAAAGAAAAUUUGAUUCUAGAAUUGCACCCCAUGCUGUCACUAAGACCUGUCAGAAAGCAUCCCGCAAGUGGAAGGAGAGAGAACUCCUGCUUGUUGAUACCCCAGGGCUCUUUGACACCAAAGUCAAGCUGGAAACCACCUGCAUUGAAAUCAGCAAGUGUGUCCUCCAGUCCUGCCCUGGGCCUCAUGCCAUCAUCCUGGUACUGCGGCUGGGUCGCUACACGGAGGAAGAGCAAGAAACUGUCAUUAGGAUCAAGGCUAUCUUUGGGGAGGCAGCCAUGAAGUACAUGGUUGUCUUGUUCACCCGCAAAGACGAGCUGGAGGACCAGAGCCUAAAGGACUUCCUAGAAAGUUCAGAUACAAACCUAAAAAGCAUCAUCAAGGAGUGUGGCGACCGCUGCCUGGCCAUCAACAACAGAGCAGGGAAGGCUGAGCAGGAAACGCAGGUGCAGGAGCUGGUGGAGCUGGUCGAAGCCAUGGUGCAGAGCAAUGGCGGCGUCUACUUCUCUGAUGCCAUCUACAAGGAUGCAGAGCAAAGGCUGGAGAGCCAAGUAGCGCUCCUGAGGCGACUUUACACUGAGCAAAAACGGAAUGAAGUUAGAAUAGUAGAGGAAGAGUGUGCUCUCGGGAAACUCAGCGCUCAGGAAAAAGAGGAGAUGAUACAGGCAAUCAGGGAAAAAUACGACCAAAAGAUAAGACAAGAAGCAGAGAAUAGCAUACUCAGCCAGAUUGUUGAAGGAAUUAAGAAAAUUCUUUUGAAAGUGUGGCAUAUUUUUCGUAAGUAGUCUGUGUAUUUUUUCAUCCAUUCUAAGCAUUUCUUCAUCUCCCUCCCUCCCAUCCUCCCUGCUGUCCCAUUCCUUCAGCCACCAGCAAACUUCAGAGAUAGCAGAACCAAGAAUUCACUGAACCAGAGUAAAGACUCAGUGUCAGGCUCCCAGACCGGGUCACACACUCUGCACUCAGCUCCCUAUGCCUGCCCUGUCUUCCCCUCUCUGAUGGGCUGAAAUGCCUCUGUAGCCAUGGCCCGAAAUCCACACUGCUCCCUAUGCCAGCCUGCCCUGCCCUCCCCGCUCUGAUGGACUGAAAUGCCUCUGUAGCACGGAGAUGUCAUUUUAGGAGACCAUUGCGUCAUCAUAGCAGCUCUGCCAUGUCCACAGAGCCUGAAGUAGGGGCUCUGAACAUGCUCAGAUGGGACUGUAAGAGGCACCACCUCGCAUGUGCCUUUAAGGACUUGUCUGCAAGCCCUGCAGACAGAAGCCCUGACCCAUCCACGGCUCCCACCAAAUCUGCUCCAUUCCCACUACACCGCAGUUCACACUAGAGGACCCCUUGUUCUGAACAGAACACUUCCAACAUAAGGCUACAUUGCAAAACUCCAGACUGAGAAGAUGUGUUCACCCACUCCUGAGCAUGCAUUUAAAGAGGUUUGUGGUGAGGAGGAGAUGGCUGUUUGUGCAGCGUGAGAAUGGCACCCUGGAGCAGGACAUGGCACUGUCCCUGCCCAAGCUUCGUCCAUGAACUGAUCCAAGGAAGUGGCCACUGUCAUUACAUCAUGAACCUUGACCCUCAAGAAAAGGACAGUGACCUAAACCCGACAUCACAAAUGGAAAACUCACAAGAGACAUAUCUUUGUGCUUCCUGUGCUGGCAGCUCCCGCCUCUCAGUGAAGUCCCUGUGCUCUCACAACUGCCUCUGGGGGUGUUUGGCUCCGCACCUGUCUCUCCUGUGAAACUUUGACAGCCAGCAAUAAGCUGUCCGUUCAUAGAAAAACCGCUUUACUUCCCAACGUGCAAAGUCUCGGGAUUCAAAGCAAAUUUAGUCCAAAUUGACACGAAGCAGACUCUUUGUAGAGGAAGCAGGGGGAUGACUGUGUGUAUUCUGCGUCCUCUUCCCACCACAGGCAACAGAGCCGCCUUCUCUGGAGAGCACGGCCAGCCGGGCUGCUGCGGCGUUUCUUCUGGAAGAGUGGGUGUGGGGGAGAGCAACUUAUAGCAAUUGAUCUUAUUGUGAGAGUCGAUAUUUUCGGGGUGUGUUGAUUAAACACCCUCUUAAGUCAUAAUCCUCACAAAGUAUGCCAAGUCAAAGCCUCC